AUGCGUGGCUUGCAAGUGACUCUUGUGAAGAAUAGACCAUCCGAGGACGGAAGUGAAAAUGGUUCGGAUGAAGGCGACCUGGAGAGUAAUAACAACAGUGUAUUCCCCCUGGAUCAGAAUGCUCUGGCACGAAUUCAUUUUGUGAAAGCCCUAAAACCUGCUCAGGAGUUGGUUGAGCGAUUGUGGCAGGACAUCAAUACCCAAGAGAAAAAAGUAGUAGGCUUAGACUUCAAAACAGUUACUGUGGGUAUCGAUGGCGAGCUGUUCCUAUCUUUGUGUGUUGUCGCCACUCAAUCCCAGAUCGGUGUGUUUGACCUCGCCUCAAGUGAUGUAAUUAUCAUGGAAAGCGGUCUUAGGGAUAUACUGGAAAGCGACAAGGUCACAAAGGUAAAUUGGACUAAGUUGUUAGGACUGCCAGCUUUACCUAUGGAGAGUGAAUUUGAGAUCCCCAUACAUACCAUUUCUAACAAAGUGGUUUCAGCCGAAAGUAUAUAAGC